CUUCAGAUCUGCCUCAGAUUUGCCGCGGCUCACGCAGCUCCCGAGGAGAGCGAGGUUCGAGCACAGCAGGAUCCAGGAAGGAGAGGAAACAGAGACCCGACUCCAGCUCCACCGGUACGGGACAGGACGGAAACACCAAGCAGCCGGCGCAGGAACCAUGGCUUUCACUGGGAUGCUGAAGGAUGAUGAUAUCAGGGCGGCGGUCCAGGCGUGCCAAGCUCCUGGAACCUUUGAUUACAAAUUAUUCUUCGCCCAAGUGGGUCUGUGCAAGCGGUCGGACGCAGAGGGCGAGAAAGUGUUUAAGAUCCUGGACCAAGACCAGAGCGGAUUCAUCGAGGAGGAAGAGCUGAAAUUCUUCCUGCAGAACUUCUGCUCAGGGGCCAGAGUGCUGACUGAUGCAGAGACCAAAGCUUUCCUCACUGCUGUAGACCAAGACGGUGAUGGGAAGAUUGGGAUUGAAGAAUUCUGCUCAUUGCUGAAAUGAAGCAGAGCUUGGUCUGAAGAUGGCGCCUGGAUUCUCUGUAAUUUUGUACUACUUAUGGAACUGCAAAAUUCCCCUUCCCAGCAAAUCUUUUCCAUAACACCUCAAUCAGCCAUGCUGCUUCUAAACAUUGCACAAAAAAGCAAUUUCUCCCAUGUCAUACAAAAACGAUGUCAAAAUUUGCUUGAUUCAUUAAACCUGCAACUUACAAGCAACGAACAAUGAGCUUAAAUAAAGAAUCUU